AUGCAACAACUUGCCCGCUGUACUCGUGUUGAUCGCAAGUCGACGCAGCUAGCGUCGACAUCUGCGCUCGCUGCACUGCUGGUUGUUGCAUCCAUAUCGUGCUUCUUCACGGCAUUUUACUUGGCCAUAGCUCUCCCUGAAGGUCAGCUAGAAUCGGUCGAACGGGUCCAUCUCCUUCCAAUACUAGCGCCCGAAGACUCUUUGGCUUCAAACCGAUCCUCGCUUGGGCUUUACGGUCUUGAUACUGACAAAAAAUACCUUGCAUAUCUUCCGCACAGCGGCUUCCACAACCAACGCAUCGCUUUCGAGAAUGGCCUCGUGCUCGCGCGCAUGUUGAACCGGACGCUGAUCGUCCCGCCUGUCCGUCUGGGAGUCGAGCCCAUUCCCUACUCUCCAUUCGACGAAUUACUCGAACAGCUGAGAUUCUCGGACGACAAGGCUGGCUCGGUACAAUGCUUGGGCACUCCUUGGUACCUCACGGUUCGCCCUGAAUGCUCUGAUCUAGACUCUCCUGGAUACACUCACGUCGCGUGGAACUCGAUCGUAGACAUGAGUUCUAUAGAGGUUGAGCAGCCACUGCAUUAUAUCGAUGGAUUCAAUUAUCCUUGGCUCCUCGAACGCUCGCCCGAUGACACGGAGAUCUUUGUCCUCAAAGACAACAACACUUACGACUAUCGAUUCAUUGAUUACCUCCCUCCCUCCACCGGGCCCGCUCUCUCCAGAUAUAACUCAUCUCUCCAGAUCAACACACUGUCUAGAUCUCCUGAAAAGCUAAUACAACUCGGUACGCUCUUUGGAUCUACCAGGCUCCAUCUGAAGGUGCCCGCCAACAAGAAGCUACGAAAGUCCAUCAGAGAACGGAUGGUCUUUUCCAACCCGCUUCUCCUGCGCGCCGCCCACGAAGUAACUGGUCUUCUGGGUGCAACUUACCUCGGCGCGCACAUCCGCAUCGGCAGCGGCCAUUUCCAGCACCACGGGACUUACCACGCGCGGGUGGUGUGGUACAAGCUGCUCCAACGCGUUCUGGGCUUCUCGCUCGGGGCUGCCAGGGCGAUGGAGCUGGAUCUUGACGCCUCGUCUGCGACCUUGCCAUGUCCGUCUGUGCUUCUCCCAGACUGGCCUGCCGUUCGCACGCCUCAUGCGCCCCUCCCACCACUUGUCGGCUCUAGUAGGCUACCUUGCAGACGUCCACUGCACACUUCUCCAGAGCUCAUGAAGCUCAACGUCCCCUUGUUUAUCUCGACUGACUCCCCAGAACCGGAUCUUGACCCUGCGCUGCAAUUAUUCUUCGACUCGUUCCCGUGCACUUUCUUCCUCUCUGAUUUUCUCCGGGGAAGGAGUGACUCCAAUCCCGUCGAUGAGCUGCUUGAGAUGGGACGGUCGCUGAUGCCUUUUCUUGAGCCAUUUUUGGACGCGAUGGUCGUCAGCCGUGCGUGGGGCGUCGCUGGCACGGAUGGAAGCACGUUCAGCAGGUUCGUAGAAGACGUGCUGUGGAGGCGGUAUCACGGAUGGGAGAUCGUACAGCGUGGAUAG